CAAAGAAACAAGACCCAGAAUUUUUUUUGAACAUAAAACAAGACCCAGAUGAAUUUACGAGAAUUUGGAACUCUUUUCCCCUUUCCAUCCCCAUCUCUAUUGCUGCAUCCGCCGUCGUUUGCUUAGCACCGACGUCCGUCGAAGUUGAGCUACUAUUACUAUGAAGCAGACAAGCUGGAUAAAAGUUGCAAUUUUGAUAAGCUUGUUUGCUGCUUCUAGCUGUAGAGAAAUCAAGGUCAAGCACAAAGAUAAUGUGGCUGUUUACAAUCACACUCUUGCAACAAUAUUGGUGGAAUAUGCUUCUGCUGUGUAUUUGUCGGAUUUGACGGAUUUAGUUACUUGGACAUGCUCAAGAUGUGGUGAUUUAACUGAGGGGUUUGAAAUGAUAGAGCUGGUUGUAGAUGUCCAGCGCUGCUUACAGGGAUUUGUUGGGGUGGCACCAAAUCUUAAUGCUAUUGUGAUUGCAUUCCGAGGCACUCAGGGAAACAGCAUACAGAACUGGAUUGAAGACCUGUACUGGAAGCAGCUCGACUUAGAUUACCCUGACAUGCCUGACGCAAUGGUGCACCAUGGAUUUUAUUCUGCUUACCAUGACACAACCAUACAACCUGGAAUUUUAAAAGCUAUUAAACGAGCAAAGGGUUUGUAUGGCGACAUUGAUAUUAUGAUCACAGGACACUCGAUGGGAGGGGCUAUGGCUGCCUUUUGUGCUCUGGAUCUCGCAGUCAAUUAUAAAAUCCACAAUGUUCAGGUUGUGACAUUUGGACAACCUCGUAUUGGCAAUACUGCUUUCGCAUCUCGCUAUAGCAAACUUGUGCCAAAUACAAUUCGAGUCACAAAUAAACAUGAUAUUGUCCCUCACCUGCCGCCGUAUUAUCCUCGUUUGACACAGAAGACAUACCAUCACUUCCCAAGAGAGGUGUGGCUUUAUGAGGAAGGAUUUGAUACUUUAAUUUAUCCAGUAGAGAAGGUCUGCGAUGAUAGUGGCGAAGACCCGGAUUGUAGCAGGUCAGUGAUGGGAAAUAGCAUUUGGGAUCAUUUGGAGUACUACGGUGUUGUACUAGGAGACAGGACAGAAGAAGGCUCGUGCCGAAUCGUGAUGGAUCCUCACGUUGCUACAUAUCAGGUGGAAGAUGCUGAGGGGAAUUUCAUCUUGUCCAGAGAUGAUCCUUCUUCUUCUCUAGUAAAAAUGAAAACAGAAUCAAGAAUUUCGAGCAACUUUAUUUAGAUUAUGGUUUUGCUGCUUGCUUGGGUGGAUUAUAAUUAGCAUUUCUUUAUUAGGAGCACCCUUUAGAAAAAUGUAGUCGACAGGUAAAAAUGCGCGGUCGUAUUUGGGGGAUGGUGCAUCUGUACAUACUUAUUGUGGCCUGGGAAAAAAAUGUUGCUCGUGAAUUUUGUACACCGUACUCAUUCAUUGUGAUUUUUUGAAAGGAAUUUUAUCAUCGAUGUAAUACCAAUGGAAUACUGUAUUAAUAUGUGUAUUUUUGGUA